UUCCUCGUGCGCGAUAUCUCCGUAGUCUAUACUCCGUGUCUAUACUUCGUGUCCCCAUACUAUAAACGCAAAGCGAACGUCAUCAGUGUCGGUCUACCGUCCAUUUUUGUCGCCGUCGUGUUUUUCCUUCCGUCGGUCCACCACAACUUUUUCAACAGCCGUCGUUGAAUUACAUUUUCACCGGCGUGUUCGAGUCCGCCGUUGUCGUUUUCUUCGUCUUCUCAAAAUAAUUGAAUAAAUACAAUAAUAAUGAAGGUCCCCAAAGAAGAAUCAAAAGAACAACAUAAUGACAAUACAUUAAAUGAUGAUGAUAAUUUGAGUAAUCCAUAUGAUACAGAAUCAAAUUCUGAUUCCAUUGAUCCACCAACAAGAGAUGGAGAUUUUUCUGAAUAUAUGUGGAUGGAAAAUCAAGAAGAGUUUGACUUACAGGUUAUGAAAGAAUUAGAAGAAAAAGAAUUGAUGAAAGAAUGUCUUGAGGCUAUGUUAGAUGAUGAACAACAUAAUAGCAAACAGAAUGGUACAACAAAUGGCGAUGCUCAAACAAAUGGUUCAAGUAGUUCUACCUCAAUGAUAACCCAUCGACUUGAUCAUUUGAGCUUAAAUACAUCUUGCAAUAAUGGUGACCAGCCAAGGCAAUCUACAAGUACUUUAAAUCCAGAUGCAGCUGAAUUUGUACCAUUAGCGACCCGGUCUUUGACUAAUGCUCCUGUGGUAGUAGCAAGUCCUUCAUAAGCGAGUAAUAGAUAUUUUUAACAUACAACUAUAUAUUAUAAAUAUAUAUAUAUAAAAUAAAGUAAAUAUUAAUCUAUCAUCACAAAGUAUAAUAUAUUUUCAUAUUAAACAAAACCUUAACUCUCAAUAAGGAGAUUAUUAUGAUUUUUUUUUUGUAAAUCUCAUUAUAUUCAAAAUUUUCUCCCAAUUUUAUCAUAAAUUAAAAUUACUGAAUUACACAUACGGUAAAAAUCACACUUACGUUUUGAUCACUAUUGUUAUUCGUAUAACUCAGAUUUAUUAUCAUUUAUAAUGUUAACAACGGCAAGUUCUAGUAUAAUGUUUAUAAAAUGAAAAUAAACAAAAUGACUAACACAAUUCAUGUUAUAUUGCCACUUAGUCAACUUGUCGUGUUUUCCAAUCUAUAUUAUCUUUUAUUUUAUAAUUAUUAAUUUAGUAUUCAUAUUAUAACAUUAAUUUGAUUGUUUAUUAUUAUAUUAUUUUAUUCUUUAACAAACUUUAUGAAUAAUGGUUGAAUAUUGGUUCAAGAUUAAGUAAUUAUUUAUGCUUAUUAUAGUUAUUUUACUUUUUGUAGAUGAAUAAUUAAUUUUAUCGGUGGACUAUUAACAAUUUUUGAUUAAUUAAAAAAAAAAAUUGAUUAUUGGUAUUUAUUUAAUUAUUUUUCUGCUUAUUUUGAUUUAUUUUGUAUUUUCAAUUGCCUAGGGAAUUCUGUUAGAAUUUUUUAAAUCAGACAUGAAAAAAGGUUCUCUUUAAGAACUUUGGAUGGUUUAAUUGACAAUUUCUUUAGUUAAUAUAUUUUAUAUAUAUAUAUAUACAUACAUAAUGGUAUAUACAUUUUUUAGGGGAAUAUUUAUUCCAAUAUUUUCCAUCAAUCCAAGUAAAUCAUUAUACUGUUCAUUUUUUUUUUACUCUGAAAAAUUGUGUUAAAUUUUUUUUUUAUUUUUUUUUUAAAAACAAUGCCAAAAUUUUAAUACAUUCAAUUAUAUCAUGUUUUGAUUUUUAUUCUUUAGCAAGCCUAAUUAAUAAUUAAUAUUUUAAGUACAAAUAUGUUUACUUAAUAUUAUUUUAUAUAAUAUUUUAAUUAUAUAUUAGUGAUGUGAUAAGUAAUAUUUUUGUACGUCUUAAUUCUUUGUAGUCGUUUUAUUAUUAAGAAAUCUGUGUGUAUUGUUUCAUGGCUAAAUUAAAUGAAAUAUGAAUCGUAUAAUGAGUGAUUAUUAUUUGAAUUAGUAUAGAACUAUUUAUAUUUUAUUUGAUGUAUUGUGUUAGUUACAUUUUUAAUGUUUAUAUGUAAUUAUGAUUUUCAAUAAUAUGGUUUUGGGAAUAUUAAUAUAAAGAUAUUUUGGAUAACUCUCGUCAGACUGAUUGUAACUGUAUUUAAAUUUCCUUCAAUCUACAUGAUUUAUAUUUUCAAUAAUGUUUAAAAUUUGUAUCUUGGUUUUUAUAUUACUGUUUUGAUACUUUUAAUUUAUUGUAUUAUACUAGUUAUGUGAGUUAUUUAAAGUGGUUUUUACUGUUAUAAUAUUAUAAAAUAACAAUUAAGUUUUUUUUUUCUGAAAUAGAAUUUAAUAUUUACUUUAAGUUUAAGUUUUAGAUACUACUUCAACCCAUAUAGCAAUUUAUAUUCUUAAAUGGACAGCAUCUUAGUUCUGACGAGAAUUAUAGCCAAUUGAAUAUUACCAUACUGGUAUGUAAUGUAAUUAAAAUAUAAUAUGUGUCUUGAUUGCUAAGUUGACUAAUUAAUAUUAUUCAUUAUUGUUACCUUAAAUUUAAAUAGUUUAUUCGGUAUUAUGAUAAUAAUCUAAAAUAUAAACAUAAAACACAAGUCUAACACUAUGUAGGCAAAUUUGUAUGAUGUGUAUUUUGUGGGUUAAAUUAGAACUAUUAAGUACAGUGUAAAUCCUGAUGUAUUAGACAUCCAAAAUCAUAUUAAAAAAAAAAAAAAAAAAAAAAAUGUUAAAUCUCUAAAAAUUUUUAUAAUUGAGCUAAGUUACUUGUUAUUCAAUUUUUUUUUUUAGGUAGGUUGAUGUAGUAUACAGAUUUGUGAAUGUAAUAAACUUUGUGAUAAGCCAAA